AGGCUUAAUGCGCAACCUUCAUAAAAGGACAGCUGUUGCUAAAGUUUAUUCCUUUACAUUAGGGCAGAGGAAAGAACUACAAGUAGAAUGGCUACUGCCGGAAAGGUAAUUAAAUGCAAGGCUGCCGUGUGCUGGGGACCUAACCAACCGCUCAGCAUUGAGGAGAUUGAAGUUGCCCCACCAAAACGUCAUGAAGUUCGCGUUAAGAUUGUGGCCACUGGAAUAUGUCGCUCAGAUGAUCAUGUAAUAAGUGGGGCUUUAAGUGACAUGAAAUUUCCAGCGAUAUUAGGACAUGAAGCUGCAGGGGUUGUGGAAAGUGUGGGAGAAGGAGUGACUAAAUUCAAACCAGGAGAUAAAGUCAUCCCAUUGUUUGUGCCACAGUGUGGAGAAUGCAGAUGUUGUAAAAAUCCAGAGAGUAAUCUGUGCUACAAAAAUGACAUUGGCAAAUAUGAUGGCGUGUUGUUGGAUAAAACCAGCAGAUUUACCUGCAAGGGAAAAUCCAUUCACAACUUUAUCAGCACCAGCACAUUCACUGAAUACACUGUGCUGGAUGAAAUAGCUGUUGCUAAGAUCCAUGAUGAUGCUCCACUGGAAAAAGUCUGCUUGAUUGGCUGUGGGUUCUCCACUGGAUAUGGCUCUGCUGUCAACACUGGUAAAGUUAAGCCUGGCUCCACGUGUGCAGUGUUUGGUUUGGGAGGUGUUGGGCUCUCUGUGAUAAUCGGAUGUAAAGUGGCUGGUGCCUCCAGGAUUAUUGGAGUAGAUUUAAAUAGUGAUAAAUUUUCAAAAGCCAAGGAGUGUGGAGCCACUGAAUGCAUCAAUCCAAAGGACUACGAUAUUCCCAUCCAUGAGGUCUUGGCAAAGAUGACUGAUGAUGGUGUGGAUUAUGCAUUUGAGGUCAUUGGAAACACUUCAGUAAUGACCUCUGCCCUUACAUCCUCCCACUUUGGCUGUGGAAAAACUGUCAUUGUUGGCUUGGCUCCUUCAUCUGCUGUGAUGACUUUUGAUCCCUUGCUUAUUCUAACUGGGCGCAUUUUGACCGGAGCUGUUUUUGGAGGCUGGAAGAGUAAAGAUGAUGUACCAAAACUGGUAUGUGACUAUCUCAACAAGAAAUUUAAUUUGGAUCCCCUUAUAACACACACUAUGCCAUUCGAGAAGAUUAAUGAAGGGUUUGAACUCCUGCGAAAUGGAAAAAGUAUUCGCACAAUUCUGACCUUUUGAAGCUGUAUGAUCCAUGGUAACAAACUCCGUAUGAUUUCAACUAAGAAAAAGAUUCAGUAAAGAUUCAGUAAUAAUCAUUAUGCUUAACCUACUCUAUAUUCCAUACGUGAUUGUGAUUCAACAUAUAACAAUGGUCUGUACUUCGUAUUUAGUAUUUUUAUAUCACCUAGAUGUAGUAUUAUGCAUAAUAACAAUGAACCUUUGUAACAAUUCUAGAUAGAAAUAUAUUUUAUAGUUUUUGUACAUUCAUCAUAGUUGUUGUCCAUGUGAUUUAAUAUUUCAAUUUCUAAACUGUUCACCUUGCACAGGGUGGUGUUAUUUGGGAUCACAAAUGUUCAACCCUCAUAUUAAAGCGGGGGUUCACCCUAAAAAAAA